GGACUCUGCGUAGGGGUUGGCGCCGGAGCGGUCCGGCCGUCGGGGGCUGACGCCGAGCGCUCUGCCCGCCGUCUCCGCGGCGCGUCGGCCCCGGUGCGUGGCCGCCCGGGAGCGUCGGCCGGGCGGACCGGCAUCAAGCUGAGACCAUGUCCCUGUACGAUGACCUGGGGGUGGAGACCAGCGACUCAAAGACGGAAGGCUGGUCCAAGAACUUCAAGCUCCUGCAGUCGCAGCUGCAGGUGAAGAAGGCAGCCCUCACGCAGGCCAAGAGCCAGAGGACAAAACAGAGCACAGUCCUUGCCCCAGUCAUCGAUCUGAAGCGGGGCGGCUCCUCGGACGAGCGCCAGGUAGUGGACACCCCGCCGCACGUGGCCGCCGGCCUCAAGGACCCUGUUCCCAGUGGGUUUUCCGCAGGAGAAGUUCUGAUCCCCUUGGCCGAUGAGUAUGACCCCAUGUUUCCUAACGAUUACGAGAAGGUGGUGAAGCGGCAGCGAGAGGAGCGGCAGCGACAACGGGAGCUGGAGAGACAGAAGGAAAUAGAAGAGAGAGAGAAGAGGCGUAAGGACAGACAUGAGGCCAGUGGCUUUUCACGGCGGCCGGAUCCAGAUUCGGACGAAGAUGAAGAUUACGAGCGAGAGAGGAGGAAGCGAAGUAUGGGCGGCGCUGCCAUCGCCCCCCCCACGUCUCUUGUGGAGAAGGACAAAGAGCUGCCCCGAGACUUCCCUUACGAAGAGGACUCGAGACCCCGUUCACAGUCUUCCAAAGCUGCUAUCCCUCCCCCGGUGUACGAGGAACAGGACAGACCCAGAUCCCCGACCGGCCCGGGCAACUCCUUCCUCGCCAACAUGGGUGGCACCGUAGCACAUAAAAUCAUGCAGAAGUACGGCUUCCGGGAAGGCCAGGGCCUCGGGAAGCACGAGCAGGGGCUGAGCACGGCGCUGUCGGUGGAGAAGACCAGCAAGCGGGGAGGCAAGAUCAUCGUGGGCGACGCCACCGAGAAAGAUGCAGCCAAGAAGUCGGACUCAAAUCCACUGACUGAAAUACUUAAGUGUCCUACGAAGGUGGUCCUGCUAAGGAACAUGGUCGGCGCGGGGGAGGUCGAUGAAGACCUGGAGGUGGAAACCAAGGAAGAGUGUGAGAAGUACGGCAAAGUCGGAAAAUGUGUGAUAUUUGAAAUCCCGGGGGCCCCUGAUGAUGAGGCAGUACGCAUAUUUUUAGAGUUUGAGAGGGUCGAAUCAGCAAUUAAAGCUGUUGUCGAUCUGAAUGGGAGGUAUUUUGGUGGACGGGUGGUCAAAGCAUGUUUCUACAACUUGGAUAAAUUCAGGGUCUUGGAUUUGGCAGAACAAGUUUGAUUUUAAGAACUAGAGCCCACGUCAUCUCCAAAGAUCCUUUGAUGAACUGCACGCUGAGAAGAGAAAAAUGCGCCAGCCAGCCCGCUCGGCUGUGGCACAGAGACUCCAGGAGGACUCUGACACUUACCUUGACUGAUCCCUUUUUUAUUUUGUGGAGUUUUUUAAUAUAGUAUAAAAAAUCCUUAAAAAGAAAAAAAAAAAACCACACACACAAAGCAAAACAAAAAACCAAUCUGUGUGCCUCUCUGGUUGUUCCCCUUUUCUUACCACUUCGGAGGUGAUCACCCUUUUGCUAGGAUUUCACGAUAAUUCUCAAGUGCUUCAGUGAUACGUAUUUCUUGCACUAAAAAAUCUAGACAGUUUUGGGAUGUGGGGUUGUUACCCUUUGCUUUUCUUUCUUUCCUUUUUUGACUCAUUUUAAUAAAACCUGCCAGUUACUAAACUGUAGCUUCAUAAAUUCUAUAAUAAAGUCUCAUCUUGGCAUUCUGCCCAAGGUGAAAAGCUCA